AUGUAUCUUAAUCUGGCGGGUCAGCACAUCAUCGUUCUGAACACAAAGGCUGCCGCGAUAGAGCUUUUGGAGCGUCGAUCCGCAAUUCACUCGGAUCGGCCAAAGAGUAUUGUUGGGGAAUACAUUGGGGCCAAGUUAGCGAUGCCGUUCGUAGGAUAUGGCAAACGGUGGCAGCGAAUGCGGCGCGCAGCUCAUGCUGUUCUGAAUGCUCAAGCUAGCGCACGAUACCAACCUGUUCAAAUCGAAGAAGCAGUCAUUUUUGCUCACAAACUGAUGUGCGACACGUCUUCGCCAUUGUUCGCAAAGAUAGCUAGGUCGGCUUCUUUUAUGAUUUCGGUCAUAUAUAGUAAACAACUUCUAGCAUCCUCCAAAGGUUCAGAGCAGUCACUUGAUUCAGACGCGCUUCAAAACCAUUCAUCUGAAACACACGGUCUUCCCCCUUCAGACCCGCUUGAGGCCCUUAUCAACGCCGUACAUAUAUCUACCAACGCUCUAUAUCCAGGUGCCCAUUUGGUAGAGUCUCUACCAAUAUUAGAUUAUCUUCCUGCAGCAAUGGUAAAGUGGAAAAGUAAAGCCAAACACGACUUUCAGCAAAUUUCAAAUGUCUACAAAAGUUCCUACAAUAUUGCAGUGAUUUCCAAUCAGCAGCAACCUAGCCUUUGUGUCAGCCUUGCGGAAAAUGAGGUGACCGGUGAGUUGAGUGGAGUGGAGUGGAGAAGGCUUGGAUUGCAGGGACCAUUUCGUAGUGCUGCCUCUCUUGACACUACUACCGUUACCUUGUCAUACUUCCUUUACGCCAUGUCCCUUCACCCAAGUGUACAGGAGCGUGCACACCACGAACUGGAUGAGGUUGUAGGCAGAUCAAGGAUACCAACGGUUGAUGAUAUGAUGGAGCUCCCGUACAUCAGGGCGAUUGUUUUGAGAUGGGAGCCCGUCACGCCGUUGGCCUUACCGCAUGCUGCAAUGGAGGACGAUUGGUAUAAGGGUUAUUUCAUUCCCAAAGGAACGAUUAUAUUCCCUAACGUAUGCUGUCCUAACUCUCAAAGCUUCUUGAUACAGCUCCCGCCUGAAAUUAUUAGUCAGAUUGUUGACUAUUGUCCCUCAUCGAGCAUACCUGCCCUCUCCAAUGUCUGCAAAUCAACGCAAGAAUUUGGUGUGCGAUCUUUGUACCGUCACCUUUCUUUCACGAAAGCAUCUCGGUUCUUGAAAUGUUGCUAUGCAUUGACCAGGAAUAAUGGUGCUGCGUCUUCAGUAAGAGGUCUCCAGAUAAACCUGGUAGAUCGCCACAUUCUAUUCGCAUUUUUCCAGAUUUUGGCCACGGUUCUACGUCGACUGCAUAAUUUACAAUGUCUCGAAGUUCUUCAUGAUGGACCUGGCUUCCAAUGGGCUCUCGAACCCUGCUAUCUUCCACAUCUCUCACUCCUCCGUACGCGCCUACCUCUUACCCAAGACCUCAUCAAUUUCCUUUCGCGCCAUUCUUCCACUAUUUCCGAACUCCAUUUAGAUGGCCGAUCUUCAAUAUUCACUCUGUCCCCCGCUCCAAUUACUCUUCCUAACUUAACGAGCUUCACGGGCAACCCUGGAUUCGUGCGGUUCAUAGUUCAAAAACAAGAUAAACCCCGGCUAUCUUCUGCUCAUAUGACGUCCCUCAACAUAAUGGAUCUUGAAGAGGUGGAAAUCAUCGAGGCUAUGAAACAUCUGCAAGACGUGGCUGGUGAAACGCUGCGGACAGUUACCAUAGUGGGAAGUGGGUUCGCUGGGCCGUUGGCGAGGCACGCUUCAAACUACCUCACGAAUCUGAAGGUUUUAGGCCUUAUGCACCUGUCCUUUAUGGAGAUUGAACUGUUCUCAACAGAGCAACUUUGUGAAGAAGUCAAACUGCUUCUGCCAAACCUUCCGCAACUUCAACGGCUUAUUAUGGGUCGUAUGCAUUCUGUCUCAACGCAAACGCAAACAUUAGAUUUUGCUGAGGGGCAUAAACUAGUCGUGGAAUUUAGUUCCAUAUGUCCAGGUCUCGAUUUUGUUUGCCUUCCCGAUGACACAGAAUGGAACCGAAUCCGCAUACCAAACAACGGCAGCUCUUAUUUUUAUAUAUGGUUUCCAGAAGUUUCACAAUUUAGCGUCGCGUCAGCAUGGCAGCUUCUUGACAUACUGUGCGCAGAGGGCAGGAAAUAUCCUUCUUGGCUCUCACUGUUGAAGUUGAUUUUGAAAGAGGCUGUGGGCAAAUGGUAUUUGAACGAGGCACGAGAGAAUGCUAGUAACAGUGAGAAUGGACCAGAUAUUCAGGAGUCCAUUCGUACUGCAAUAGAGACACUUCUCAAUGAAAUUGAUAAACGGGUUGAGGGAAAUUGA